AUGGAGGCACAGAGCCGAGCCGCACUGCGAGCUUCGCGAUCUGCAUCGCUUCCCCAUGCUCAGUGCCCCGGCCCUGGGCGUGCACUUCACACCCCGACAUGCCCAUGCCCGACAUGCCCGACAUGCCCGACAUGUCCGACAUGUCCGACGGAUGGAGGGCAAGGUGCACCUCAACAGCGGGUUCUCAACGCGACCUCGAGCUCAGAGGUGCCAGGCGCAGCUUCCCUCGAACACAGCACGAGUCUUGCCAGGGACAAGCGGGACAAGGGGGGCGAACGCCUCUUGACCACCAAAGGCCACCCGAAGAUCUACCGCGCCUCAGUCUCGGGGGUGCUCGCAUGCGGGCCCUCCGAGUUUUCAGAGAAAGUCUCAGCAUCCGCCUACAACAUCCACUGCGCAGCAUCCUACACUGCAGAGAAUCCUCCAGCGCCUGACAGGGUUUGCUUGUAUGGAGGUUUUCUCGGGCACAGGAAGGCUCAGUAUCACUGUCGGUCAAGCAAUGAAUGCGCUUGCAACAGUAGAUGCCAGUGA